AUGGCCUUUACCGGCAAGGAGUUUCUUCUUUUCCUCGUCUCCGGGUGGGUAUGGAUGUGUAUAGUGCGGUGUGUGACCAUCGAUGAGAUCAGCAUGCUGGUGGGAGGAGGCCUUUCAGAGCGUUCCACCAUCGGUCUAAGUGGUAUGGGGUUUACCGGGCCCAUUCCUUCUGAAUUAGGGCUCUUAACAAACCUCACUGCCCUCGAUCUUUCCAACAACCACUUGACCGGCUCGAUCCCUCCCCUGCUUGGCCAGCUUGUCAAUCUCAAAGUCCUCGACCUUCACAACAAUAGCCUCUCUGGAGCCAUCCCAAUCGAGCUUGGCCAACUCGAGAGCCUAGAAAACCUGGACCUCUCUUACAACGGUCUCUCCAGCCCCAUCCCUCCUAAGCUUGGCCAGCUUGCCCAGCUGAAUAGACUCUCCCUUGACAAUAAUCGUCUUUGGGGUGUCAUGCCUCCCGAGCUUGGCCAGCUCACAGGCCUUGAACACCUCUACCUGUACAACAACCACCUCUCCGGUGCAACUCCUGCUCCGCUGGGGAAAUUGUCCAGACUCAGAUACCUUUAUCUCCAAGACAACAACUUUCACGGCCUGAUUCCCCCCGAGCUUGGCAACCUCGCAAACCUUGAUUACCUUGUCCUCAAGAACAAUAGUCUUUCUGGCACAAUCCCUUCUGAGCUCGGCAAUAUGUCGAGUCUCCGCCACCUCUACCUCUACAACAAUAACCUUACGGGUGCCAUUCCCCCCGAGCUUGGCCAACUUACAAGCCUCCAAACCUUCGAUAUCUCCACCAACGGUCUUUCAGACGUCCUCCCGGCCAAGCUCGGCCAGCUUGUUAGCCUCACCGACUUUUGGCUCCACGACAACAAGUUUUUCUUCACCCUGCCCCCUGAAUUUAGCCAAAUGGGAAACCUCACCGUCCUCUGGCUGUCCUUUAACAAUCUAUCCGGCAACAUUCCUUCCCAGCUAGGCAACCUUGCUAAGUUAAAAGACCUGUACCUUGACAACAACAGCUUCUCAGGCAGUAUUCCCCACGAACUCGGCCAACUUACGAGCCUCGAAACCCUUACCCUUAACGGCAACGACCUUUCUGGUCCCAUUCCUUCCGAGCUCGGCAGUCUGACUGGCCUCCUAGACCUCGACUUGUCCUCUACCAUGACAUCGUGCGAAAGGGUCAACCUGUCUCGCUUUCAGCAGCUCAGGUCGCUGGGACUUCCCUGCCAGCCGCCCCGUUCUGCAAAGCAGACCAAUAUCUACCUCCUCCAGCUGGGCUUAGGCGAUCAAACCACGGAGGCUUUGGAUCUUUCUUCGUUGCCUAGCUCCUGCAAGAUUGUCAAUCUGACGGACCCAAACCCGCGUCUCAAGCGCAUCCGUUUCUGGGAUGCGUGCAACACGGGCUGCGUUGUGAGCUUGCGGGGCACGGGGGCCAGGUUAUUGCGUAGCACAAGGCGUCAUAUCUGCCUGCACAAGAUCUCCGUAUUCUUGGACGGGGACCUUCCCGAACCCGUUUAUGAUGACAAUCAGCGUUUCACAAACGCUCUGAAGAACAACAAGGGGACCUAUGAUUUGACGGAUCCCAACUUCGUGGACUACAUCGAUCUGGGCCCGGACGGGAGAGCGUAUACCGGGGUGGGUUUCACGCGGGUUCAGGCGGGCAACCUGUGCGGUAACCCCGAAGCCAAGAGGGUCGCUGCAAUCGUCUUCGGGUCGUUUGCAGUCGGUUUGCUGCUGGCGACGCGCGCCAUUAUUUUGGUGGCACGAUGGCGGCGUCAGAAGCGGCCAAACGGCGAUCUUCAAGAGGAGCAAGACUCUCGCAGCUGGAAAUAUGCCGGACUCUACGUUUGGGGAGCGGCAUUGGGCGUACUGCCUGUCGUCGAUCUAGUCACGGACCUCUUCGUUUUGAAAGAGGUGGUGGGGGCGUGGCCGAUGUGGGUGGUUUUGGCGUCCAUAUGCGCGCCCUUCAUCGUUGGGGCAUAUGCAGUCACCUUGACUUGGACUUCCAUAACGCGUCCGGCGCUUAGAUGGAGCGGAAUGCGCUUCAUAUGGCUCUGGCCUCCGCCCUCGGAGUUUUCUCCAGAUAGUCACCCGGCUAGGAAUGCGAGGGCCCCGCACCGUUGGCUUCUUGCCCUUGUGCUACUGCCCUUCGGCGUAGUAGGCGUGCUUGUCCAGGACGUGCUUGCUGUCGUGGGAAAGUUUGGGUUUCACCUCGCUUGGGGGGAGGAAGUUGUCAGCUUUGAGCGGUAUCACGACGCUCGGGUGUCCGUUGAGAUGCUGCUCGAGGCUCUCCCUCAAGUGGUGUUCCAGACCGGGUUGUAUGUCGUGGGAAGUUCAAGGGCAACGAGAAUCUACAUCGACGAGCAGAUCUUUGUUCAGUCCAUCGUGGUGUCAUUAACGAGCCUAUCGGCACAGUAUUGCAAUGUGCUGUGGGAAGCAGUUUAUGAGGGUGAGUCGUUAGUGGGUGUGCUCGUGGGACGCUUCCAAAAGAUUGCUGGCCAGCCUUUCCUCUUUACUAGGGCAGCGUUAGAUAGGAGUGAGGACGAGGGAAUCCUUAGAGAUGCGGGUGUGGAGAACCCCGUCAGGUCCGCUUAUACCUUUUAG